CCCUCAAACCAGGCGACUCGCUCUUUAAAAUACCGCAAGGACCCUGUUCGGUGCAGUCCGCUGGACCAUGUGAUACCUUGGUCGGCAGCGAGAAGCUGCGGGGGGAGAGCAGACUUCGGGGUGAGAGCCGCCUGCCGCACCAGGGUCCAAAUUCACCGCAGUGAGCCGCCCCAACUGCAAGAGUCCCAGCCAGGAGCCGGCCGGGCGGGUGGCAUCCUGGGCUGCCCAGAGAUACAGGAGCCCAGGGACCAAGCCGCCCGAGAGCAGGAUGCUCCCAUCCCCUCCCUCCCGCAGCCGUCGCCGCCACCGCCGCCAGCCUGUCCGGGGUGGGAAGGCUUCGCCCGGAGGAAGAAAAGGUGACCCGCGCGCGCGGGGCCAGGCAAUUUAAGGGUCCGAAGCUAGUGAGCAUCACACCACCAUGUCGCAUAACAUCUCGGACUUCCAAGUUGCUUACAUCUUCAUAGAGGUGCUGAUUGCCCUUGUAUCCAUCCCUGGGAAUAUCCUGGUGAUCUGGGCUGUCAAAGUGAACAAGUCCCUCCGGGAUGCCACCUUCUACUUUAUUGUGUCUCUGGCAGUGGCAGAUGUAGCUGUGGGAGCACUUGUAAUUCCUCUUGCCAUCAUCAUCUACAUAGGACCACACAUCCAUUACUACAGCUGCCUGAUGGUGACAUGUCCUGUCCUCAUCCUCACAGAAAGCUCCAUCUUGGCAUUAUUGGCUAUUGCUGUGGAUCGCUAUCUCCGAGUUAAGAUUCCUAUCCGGUAAGAACUGGAGCCUGAGAGAUAAGGCUAUGUCAGAGGUGGGAGUUGAAUUUUUUCAUAUAUCUCUAAGACUGUGUGGCACAGCAAGGAACCAAAAUUUCCAAAAUGUCAAGAACCAUAUUUUUCAAAAUAAUGUUUUAUAAACCCUAGAACUUUGAAAGAAAGCUUUAAUGAGUUUGUCCAAUGCAUGGAUGAACAUUGGUUUUACAUAUGCUUUAUAUAUUGAUUUUAACAAAAUUCAAAAGAGUAAAAAUGAAAAAAAAUGAAAAUAAGAAAGGUAUACUUUUGGUAAAACAAAAAUUAAAAAAAUUAAAAUUUGGUUGAGGUAAUCAAGCCAGACAAGAUACACCAUGCGGUCCUGGGUUACUCUCUGAUGGAAGCAGUUGGUAUUACAAAUAAAAAGACAACAUUAUGAAGCUAUUCCAUCUUUCUUUCCCCAAUGGAUUUUUGUGGGAAACAAGGACAUAAAAAUCAGUAGAAAAAUGUAGGAUUGUUAUAAAUUGACAAUCUAUAAAUGAGGCACAACGAGAGUUACAAUACAUUACAAAGAGUUUGUAAUCAAACUCUUGCCUGAAAGCACUUAUUCACUAUCCUCAGCAUUAGCCUUGUUCUGAUUUCAGAUCUUUCUAGUGUUUGGGAUGUUAUGUCCUAAGUUUUAGGUCUGGAUUCUGUUUUGAUUAUUCUAACAUAGAAGUAUGGCUUUUCUGAAUAAUUCCAGAUAGCAAGUAUUGGGAGAUCCAAAUUAUAAUAGGAAUAUGACUGUAUGAUUUGAGACAAAGAUUCUGUCACUUUUUCUGAGGUUGGAAGGCAGAAUAUUUUUAACUGUAUUCUGAUCUAUGGAGUCCUUGGUGCUCUCUAAACUUUG